UCAACUCGCAUCAACAUGACAGCUGCGAAAUUGAUAUUUGUUACUGCCCUGCUGGCAUGCUUGGCAGCCAGCUGCUCGGCUGGCUUCCUAGACUACAUUUUCCCCACCAUCAUGUCGGAAUAUUACUCUCAGGUGCCCACCAAGGAGGGUUAUCGUUUCAACUUGGAGGAGCCCAAUGGCAGCAAACGUGAGGAAAUGGGUAUUAUUAUGAAUCCGGGACAGCCCGACGAGCAUCUGGUUGUGAUGGGUUCUUACUCCACCUAUGAUGAUAAGACCGACACAGAAACCAUUACCAUGUACACAGCCGACAAGGAUGGUUAUAAGUCGCGCUACAUGAUCAAGAACCGCAAACUUAGCCCGGGUGCUUUGAAGUCUGCAGCUGGUUAAAAAUUAUAUAAAUUAAAAUGUUUAUAAACGAAAAAAAAAAUCAAGAAAAAAUUGGACGCGAUAAUAACAGAAUAAAAUACAACAUUAUUAUUGCUGAAAUUAUAGUGACAUUUGGAACUGGUUUGAAACCUUGUUCUUUGGUCAAGAUCAA